UUUAAAAAAAUAUGGCAGCCAUUAAUGUCGUAAGCUUUUCUUUUCGUAGAAUACUAGAAAAGCUGAUAUUAUAACUUUAUUUUUAGUAAAGGAUGCCAUCGAAGUGACUAGAUUUGUUGACUUAAUACGAAAAAUAUAAAUUGUUAAAACAAAUGUUUUAAACUCACAUGACCUUCAUAUUUUCAAUGGUGUAAACUAUGCACAGACGCUGAACAGCUAUUUCGAAGGCAAAAAUCCCUCGAGCAUAUUACUCAUACGACUAGAGAUAACAUGAGCGCUGGCACAACGAGCUUAGCAAGCGAGCUAGCCAGCACGCGUCGCCUGUUGUGGGGUGCUAACGUCAAGGAAGAUGUGUUCCGACGGUGGGCGCAGGGUUUCCACUUCAGUCCCGACGAACCGAGCGCUCUCAUCCAGCAGGAGGGAGGGCCGUGUGCCGCGAUUGCGCCCGUACAGGGUUUCCUCCUUAAAAUUUUGUUAUCCGAGACUCCUGGACAUAGUCUUCAAGAUUUGACAUCGGAGAAGUGCAAUUCCCUACUUGUGAGGGCAGUGUGUACAAUUUUAAGCCAGUGUUUAGUUCCCAAAUACAAUAUUGCCGUUUGUCGCAAAACUGAUACGGAAGCAGAGUCGAGCUCCGGUCUCAAUGUCAGUGCAGAAGAACAGGCUUUUAACGCCAUUGACAGUUUUCACAGAAGAAUUGAGGUGCAUUCCUUUCAGACGAUAUCCGAAGUGGAAACAUUUUAUACAAGGAAUAUUCGUAUACUCAAAGAUAAAUAUGGUGUUCUACUGUUGUUAUAUAGUGUUAUUCUAAGCAAGGGAGUGCAAGCUGUUGAGGCGGAGCUGUCUGAGCUGUCCGAUCCUCUGAUACACUCGACUUACGGUUACGGAUCACAGGGGCUCAUUAAUCUAAUGCUAACUGGCAGAGCAGUCGCACAUGUCUGGGACCACGAUCAGGUAGUGGGAGGACUGCGGCUCAGAGGAAUCGAAAAACAAAAUGAUAUAGGUUUCCUUACCAUAAUGGAACACAUGCAAUACUGCACUGUCGGUUCUUUCUACAAAAAUCCAAAGCAUCCGGUAUGGGUCCUAGCAUCUGAAACUCAUUUGACUGUACUUUUUUCUACUGAGAGAAGGCUCGCUGCCCCUGAAACAGUUGGAGAAUCCGCUGAGAGGAUAUUCCGAUCCUUUGACCCUGAAGGAAACAAUUUUAUCCCGUCUGCUGCUCUGCAGGACGUUCUGUGUGCUGCUGAAUUGGUUAGUGAACCAGAGUAUGUAGAAUUGAUGAGACGAAAGUUAGAUUCUGAAAAUUUAGGUAUUAUACUGUUAAGUGCAUUUAUGGAUGAAUUCUUUCCGGGUUGUGAGCGUGGUGCCCCAGACACAUUCACCCUGCACCACUACAACGGACUCUCGCGCAGUAACCCCGGCGGUCGUGUCGUGUACAGCACGGGCCGGGCGGCGCUGCUGGAGUGCCCCAUGCGGGCCGCCACCACGGACCCUAUGUUAACGUGUCUACAGACAAAGUGGCCCAGUAUCGAUGUGGUAUGGGAUGAGGGCCAGUCCCCCUCCCUGAACUAGCACUCGCUGACUCUGUGCUCCCGAUGAAUACUGUGACAGUGAUACAAGUUGAAAUGUAUUUUUAAAUAUGUUGCAAAAAUUCCAUUACUUUAUUGUAAUAAUUUAUGUAUAGAAAUUGUAUUGAGGAUAUUGAGACCUGCAUCGUUAGUAAUUUACAUGGGCAGCUAUUUUACAUACACUGGGAUCUGACUAAUUGGUGUUGUACACAAACACUUGGGAUAAUUUCUUAUAUUUCCACAUUCUUUUUCUGGCUUAUUUUGAUAUACUUGAGUAUAAUUAAUAUUUGUAUACUAGAUUUAUAACAUGAUACAUUUCUUACUAGUGAAACCCAAUUAUUAACCACAACACAUUAUUUAGUUUGAAGAAAGAGCCUGAAAAGGCAAACAAAAUAAUAUUAUUGCAGUAAUUUCCAUAGAAUAUAAACCAUCUUUGCGCACCUAACAACAUUAUUGUUAUAUUAUUUUAAUGUUUUAUAUUGUUAAAAUUAAAAGUAGAAAGGGUUCUGUAAAAUAUUAUUCUAUAAAAAAAAUCCAUGAGUAGGAAUUCAAAUCAUUGAACUGUGUGAAUUUUAUAAAAGUGAACUUGAGCUUAAUGAAAACUGUUGAGAGAAAUGACUAGGAAAGCCAUGUGAUAAAUUUUAUGCAAGUACCCAUUGACA